AUGAAAGCUGUUUAUAGAGGCUUUGCCACCAGAAUUCGUCCAGCGGUGAAAAUCCCAAAUGAAUCCUUCAUCAAAGACAAGAAAGUAACAUUUGGAAGGAACUUCCCGAUACAAAAGAGAACGAAAGCAUGGGAAAAAGAUGGCAUGGAUAAGGACGAGUGGUUUAAGAAGAAAUAUUCUCAUGUGCACGCGAAGCAGAAGACUGAAAGGGCUUUAAAUGGUGACGUAGAUCCUUUUGGUAAGAGACAAAAAUUCUAUGAUAAUCUCAAACAACAGGAGGUAUCAAAGCGAGAGCAAUACAGAAAGCAUAAAUCUGGGUAUGCUAAAACACAUCCAUUACAGGGUUUGAGACCAAAUCCAUUGGUUGAUUACAUUUAUGGUACAAAUAGUGUGAUCAGUGCACUUCGUGCUAAAAAAAGAGAAUAUUUCAUAAAACUUUAUCAUUAUGGAGACUUAAACACCGAAAUAAAUUCUUUGUGCUCCAAAGCAGACAUAAGGAUUGAAGAAGUAGAUAAACACAGACUUAAUCUUCUUUCUGACUAUGGUAUUCAUAAUAAUGUCAUUUUAGAAUGUAAACCAUUACAUACACCAGAGCUCAUGAACCUGGGGUCGAUCAAUCCAGAGGCUGGUACGUUUGACAUGAAGGAAAUUGAUUAUGAUCAACCGGUUACUAUUAGGAAUAAAUACCUGACUAAUGAAUACAAGAAGUACCCUCUAGGUAUAUAUCUAGAUGAGGUUGUUGACCCUCACAAUGUUGGAGCCAUUAUGAGAAGCGCAUAUUUCCUUGGUGCUGAUUUCUUGAUCCUUUCUCAUAGAAACUGCGCACCACUAUCUCCUGUCGUAUCCAAGGUCAGCAGUGGUACAAUGGAACUUUUGCCAAUAUACAAAUGUGACAAGCCAUUGCAGUUUUUCGAAAAGUCGAAGGAAGAAGGGGGUUGGACAUUCGUUACCUCUCAUGUGCAGAACUCCCCAAAGGAAAAUCAUCUUGAAUUAAAUGAUUUGAGUGGAAUGGUGAAAGAACUACCGGUAAUAUUAGUUGUAGGUAAUGAAGGAAACGGUGCAAGAACUAAUAUACUUAAUAGAAGUGAUUUCACUGUUGAGAUUCCAUUUGGUAGGGCUGAAAGUAAAGUCCACAACACUAUUGACUCUUUGAAUGUUAGUGUUGCAGCAGCUCUAUUGAUAAAUAAAAUUUUAAACUGA